GAAACUUGCCGAAGAAGUACGCAAACAUCCGCACGAGCUCUUCAAUUUACAACUCAGAAAGUCACAUUUUUACCCAAUUUAUUUCCGAAACUCUGAAACAGAUGAGGAAUCCGUUGAAGAUAUAUAAAAUGACAAGCUAAUAUAUAUAUUUUUAAUUAUUUUAGCGUUAAUGUGUUUCCCAACAAAUACAGACGCUGACCCCACCGGAGACACGGGCUGAAGCCGCCACAAUGAGCUCCGAACACCAGAGCGACAGCGAGGACGCCGACGAGUCGCAGGAUAGGCCCGGCAGCACCGGCAAAAAAGAAGACCCAGUUGGAAGACCGACACAGUCGGAGGUGGAAGGAGACGCCCCGCAGAGGGUCUGCGCUUCGCCGCCGGGGAGCAGCAGCGAGGACCAGCCUCAGGGUAGCGCUGGCUCUUCUCCUCCCCGCCUGGAGGAUGAAGAGCGCCGCAUCUCACCGGGCGCCGCUCCGCAGGCGGGGAGCGGCGGGAGCUCCGGCAGCGAAGGCUACAAGGGGAACAGCCUGUUUUCCUGGCUGCAGAGCAGGACUAUCAGACGGGGGCUGUUUGUAGACCCAGCCAGGGAUAACUUCAGGACAAUGACCAGCUUGUACUGCUCUAUGAACCCGGCUGUGGAGUCGGUCAAUCUGAGCUCUCAGACCCACGGAGCUGUAUUCAAUUUGGAGUACUCACCGGACGGGUCUGUGCUGACUGUGGCCUGUGAGCAGACAGAGGUCCUCCUGUUUGACCCCAUUUCAUCCAGGCACAUCAAGACCCUCACAGAGGCCCAUGAGGAUUGCGUCAACAACAUAAGGUUUUUGGACAAUCGCCUGUUUGCCACCUGCUCCGACGACACCACCAUUGCAUUAUGGGACCUUCGUAAGCUGAACUCCAAGGUCUGCUCGCUGCACGGCCACGCCAGCUGGGUGAAGAACAUCGAGUACGACACCAACACCCGCCUCCUGGUCACAUCCGGCUUUGACGGCAACGUCAUCACAUGGGACACCAACAGGUUUACGGAAGAUGGCUGCCCGCACAAGAAGUUCUUCCACACUCGCUACCUGAUGAGGAUGCGUCUGACUCCCGACUGUUCCAAGAUGCUCAUCUCGACUUCCUCAGGGUACCUACUCAUCCUUCACGACCUGGACCUCACCCAGUCCCUGGAAGUGGGCAGCUACCGCAUGCUGCGAGCCCGACGGACCCCCCUCAGCUCAGACGGAGGCACAUCAGCGUCCAGGUCGACCGUGUCGAGCCGUCAGGGACACGACUCCAAGCUUCAUCCUCACAGAGAAGGUCUGUCCCCACGGAACAGCCUGGAGGUUUUAACUCCUGAAAUCCCCGGGGAAAAGGACAGAGGGAACUGCAUCACAUCCCUGCAGCUGCAUCCCAAAGGCUGGGCCACGCUCAUCCGCUGCUCCAGCAACAUGGACGACCAGGAGUGGACCUGUGUGUACGAGUUCCAGGAGGGGGCGCCCACGCGGCCGCUGGUGUCUCCCCGCUGCUCCCUGCGCCUCACCCACUACAUCGAGGAGGCCAACGUGGGCCGGGGCUACAUCAAGGAGCUGUGCUUCAGCCCCGACGGACGGCUCAUCUGCUCCCCUUACGGAUACGGCGUCCGCCUGCUGGCCUUCGACGAGCGCUGCAGCGAGCUGGCCGACAGCCUGCCCGUUCAGACCAGCUGCCUCCGGGAGAUCCGCUCCAUCUACUCGCACAGCGACGUGGUGCUCACCACCAAGUUCUCCCCGACGCACUGCCAGCUGGCCUCGGGGUGCCUGAGCGGACGCGUGGCGCUUUACCAGCCCAAGUUCUAGCAUCCGGCGUUGUUUAGAAAAAAAGUUUGUUUUUUUUAAACCCGAUCACUGCAGACCUGGGGAAACGCGCACCAGUCUAAACCUCUGCAUAUAAAGGGGUGGAAAUGCAUCAUGGAAGUGUUUUACAGAUGGUUACUUUUUGCACAUUUGUGCAGAGGAUUGGCUGAAGCUAACCAGAGAUGCACCGAUCUGAGUUCUAUUGCCAAUUUCUAAUCCCUGCUAUUUGUACAGCUUUAACCUGCCGAUUCCGACUUUGGUCUAUUCCAGUUUCUGUUUGAAAACUAAUAUAUUGUAUAAGAAAAUACAAGAACAGAAUUCAGAAUAUGUUUCUUCCUUGUUUACUUCCCUUAAGCUGCUAUUAUUUAUUUAUAUUAGGAGCAGAAACUGUGUUUUGAAAUAGUAUAACCAUAAAUUACAGCUACUGUUCGUUUACUAAACCAAAAUUCUAGAGUUCACAUUUAAAUGAUCUUUAGCAUUUUAUAGAAGUGAUUUGCAUUACUAAACAAAUGCUGUAUUCUGUUCAGCCUUCCUGUUGUCUGUGAAACUCUUGCUCUCUCUUGCUUUCCUGCAGCCUCUAUGAACCUCAGACAUAUAUUGUACUUGCUUUCCUUUCUUACACCUCUUUGCUUCCUGUAUCUUAAUUUUAAGCGCCUCACUGAUUCUGAAACUAGCUAACUUUCAGUCUUCACUCAGUAAUAGCGUACACCCCGAAGAGUAUUUUGUGCAAUCAGGUAGCAAUUCCAUGUGGUGCAUUCACUGACCCAAAAAAGGUUGGAUUUUAACGCGUCCACCAUUAGGCAAAAAGACUCGUCCAACAGAUUCCUCGAUGCAUCUCUACAGCUAGCUUAAGAACGUAGCCUAACUACAACCCAGGUCUGCAGCUGUUAAACGGGUCAAGUUCGUUUAGGUGCUAGCCGUCAAACUGACGGCCAUUAACUGGCGUGAAGAAAUGACAGACUGAAGCUCUGGGCUAAUUGCCAGGUUGCAGCAGAGGAUGGACACUUUGAGCCCUGAAUUUCAAGACAUGACAUAGAAAAGCAAGCUCAAAAUUGAAAUAGAAGGAAAUUGCAUUUUGUUUUUGCAGACGAAACUUUCUGAGCAGAAAUUCAAUGCGAUUCUUGAUGCAACUUGAUAUCAGGCAACGGCAAACUGUUGGUCGUUUGUGGCUCCUUUAGCUACAGAGUUGCUUUUGGCCUCUUCAAUAGUACAUUUUUUUCUUCUUCUUUUUGAGACUUGGCACAUCCAGACGUCGCCGUCUCAGGAGGACAACACUAACGGCGCAUAAAGUCAAGUAUUGGUAAACCCGGGAGACGGAACGGACUUUCGUGUACGCUGUGUGUCACGUUAGCUCGACUUCCUGCGCUGCGCCUGGUGCCGCUCUCUGUUGCUUCACUCAUGCCUUCGCCACAGGUGCUGCUUCUGUGCUCAUACAAUCUGAACUUCAAGGACCUGCCCUCCUUUACCUGCCUGCUGCUUGUUUUGUUCCCAACAUCUUCUCUCGUUCCACUGUCCAGAUCCUCUGUUGUUUUUAAGAGUUUUACUUGGUGCAUUAAUGUUGGCACUAAUUGUUGCACAGCGUUUGAUUUGAUAAUCACUUUAGAGUUGUUACUCUGUAAUCACCUCUUUACCUUCCCCAAAGUUGAUGCUUUUAUCUUAAGUCUUUAGAUGGAAAUGUCUGGUCACCUGGAAAAUUGAGCACUUGUAAAAAGGCGGCGAAUAUUUCUGCCUCAUUGCAACUCACAGAUACAUAGUUUUACCCUCCUGUGGUCUUAGCGCUACGCUCUAUAGGAGCAAGGCAGAUGUCAAGUCUGACAAGGGUUCUCCCCAUCACUGUCGGUUCCCGGAACCACACGCUUGCACAUACAAAAAAAUAAAAUAAAAAAUCGGAAAAGCGCACGCAAGGUCAGCGUGACCAGGCUGGACCACGCAGAGGGUAAAAAGCUGGCGGGGCCCCAUUGACUCCAUCUCUUACUAUUGCAGGAGGGUUAAGAACUAUUUUUCAUUUUUACCAGCAAACAGAAUUUUGCCUAAAACUUGUAGGCUACUUCACAUGAGUUACAAUGUUCCUAGAAGUUAACCGCCUUUAUCAACAACUAUUCAAGGAGUUUAAAAGAGCACAACAGAUGCUUACAAACAUUUACUAAAAGCCUUAAACCAAAUUACAUAUUUCCAAUGAAAAAUCUUGUGAAAAUUAUAGAAAAAAAUACCCUGUCAAGAAAUAUUUCCUACUACUCGCUGAGCGUGUGGGCAAGAUAAAUGUUGAUCUAGAAAUAUUAGCCUACCAGCUAGCGGUUAAAAGAAAUGGGCUUCUGUCUUACAUCGUAUUUAUACCCCAAGCCAACAGGAAAAAUGAAAAUGAAUGAAUAAAAUUUUUUAAAAAAGCUAAAGUUACAUUAAUUCUAUGCUAUUGGUGGAGGUGCCAGCAAUCAAUUGAAAUUGAGUGCAUUUCAGUUAAAGGUUGGCUUUUCUUCAAACCUUCGCUAAGAAAGGCAGCUGCAACAAAGGGUUGACUUGUUUUACCUCCCUAAAACAUGUAAAGGUUUUUACACCCAUCAGGGGUAAAACAUGGUGGGUAAAUAUCACAACCUGAUACCUGAACUAUCAUUCUCUGGUGGUUCAUAUUAGAACUUGAAUAAAGUGAACUGUCGGAUUGAAUUAGCUUCAAGUGUUCAUUAAUGUCCACCUGUUGGGAACAGCCCCACACUGCAGCCAUUUUGUUAGUAAAACUCUCGUAUCCGCACUGAAUGAUUCCAGGACACAAGAAGUUGGCUAACGGUAAAUCUCCUGCUAUGCACAUCAGCCUUUCUGGUGAUUCUCCUUUAUUAUUUCUGCUCUAUGCUGAGCUGUCGGCUGCCGAAAUGUGAUUCUUGAUGGAUGAAACUGAGCCGAGACCUCGAAGAGAACUUCUGCUAGGAAAGAUUUAAGAAAAGCUUCUAUUUAGAUUGACUUUUUUAAAAAAUUUUUUAUGUAGAUGUACUUUUCUCUGGCCACUGUUGCACUCCCAUUUAAUUCAGAUUUUAAAACUAAAGUAGAAGAAUGUGUGACUACAACUAGUUGGUGAAAGUAACAACGGAUUAAAAAUCUGUGUCUAAUAAUUAUUAUAACGUCAGAGUUGGGAGGGAAAAUGCGACUGAAGCCGUUUUGACCUGAAUUUGGCUUUGAGGUAAAGAUUUAAAAACGACACAAAUUAGAUUUCACUUCUGAUCUCCACGUUUUCUCCCGUCAGCGUCACGCCAGGACGCUCUGAUACGCGUCGUGACCUGCAGUUCGCCUUCGGGUCAGUCAGACGUAAACAUUUCGCGGCCACAUUCAUGGCGUCUCGGCGGAGCGGAGUGUGACGGGAUUUCUGUGUUUCCUCCGCUGCUUUUUACUUCAGGCUCACCCACGAGCUCUUUGAAGUGUCUUAUCUAUUUUCACUCCGUGUAUUUAUGCAGAAAGACAG